AAAGCUUCCCGAGAGCCAUGGUUGGUCCAGGCAGGCGAUCAGAGCACCUCAUGGAGCGGCUGCUUACCAGGGCUGGGGUGGGGUGGGGUGGAGGGGUCUGUUUGUAGUACUCGCAGUCCUGAUGUCACAGGCGCGGCAAGGACAUCGCAAGGAGGAGUCGGAUUACAGUAAGGAUGGGCAGUGCAGCAGGCAGCCCCAGCGCACGCUCCAGCCGCCGGGGAUCUUAGCCCUGGACAGGCAGCCUGCAAGGCGCUCAUCCCGCGGAGGAGGCACGCUGCGCGCUCGCUGCUCUCCACGCCGGGGACGUUUCCACCGAGUGUAGCAUGAAACGGAUCUGCUCUGUGUGUCAGCCUUGGGUGCGAGCUGAAGCUGAAGACGCCGCGGUAGGGUUUCAGCUGUCUGAUUAAUGAGAAACAUAAUGUAUUUUGGUGGUACAUGCCAGAGUCCUGCUCUCCCAGCCCUGGUCCGGCCACCAGCCCCUCCUUUGCAACCAUCGCUGGAUAUUAAACCAUUCCUUCCCUUUCCUCUUGACACUGCGGCCGCAGUCAACCUCUUCCCCAAUUUCAAUGCGAUGGACCCAAUUCAGAAAGCUGUAAUAAAUCAUACAUUCGGGGUUCCUCUUCCCCAUCGAAGAAAGCAAAUUAUAUCAUGCAACAUUUGCCAGUUGAGAUUUAAUUCUGAUAGCCAGGCUGCGGCCCACUACAAAGGCACGAAACAUGCCAAGAAGCUCAAAGCACUGGAAGCCAUGAAAAAUAAGCAGAAAUCUGUACCUACCAAGGACAGCGCAAAGACUGCCUUCACCUCCAUCACUACCAAUACCAUCAAUACCAGCUCUGACAAAACAGACAGUACUGCAGGAACACCAGCAAUAUCAACAACUGUGGAAAUCCGCAAAAGCAGUGUUAUGACAACUGAGAUCACCUGUAAAGUGGAGAAAAGCCCUACGACCGCCACUGGCAACAGCUCGUGUCCUUCCACGGAGACGGAGGAAGAAAAGGCGAAACGGCUCCUUUACUGUUCUCUAUGCAAGGUUGCUGUCAACUCUGCCUCACAGCUGGAGGCACACAACAGUGGUACUAAGCACAAAACCAUGCUAGAAGCCCGGAAUGGAAGCGGCACAAUCAAAGCCUUUCCGAGGGCAGGAGUGAAAGGCAAGGGACCUGUUAACAAAGGAAACACAGGCCUCCAAAACAAAACGUUUCACUGUGAAAUCUGCGAUGUGCACGUCAACUCAGAAACACAACUUAAACAGCACAUCAGCAGUAGAAGGCACAAAGACAGAGCUGCUGGGAAGCCCCCGAAACCCAAAUAUAGUCCCUACAACAAACUACAGAAGGCGGCACAUCCACUCGGGGUAAAAUUAGUAUUCUCAAAAGAACCUUCAAAGCCAUUGGCUCCACGAAUUCUACCCAACCCGCUGGCAGCUGCAGCAGCUGCAGCUGCCGUGGCAGUGAGCUCCCCCUUCAGUCUUCGAACUGCCCCAGCAGCCACACUGUUCCAGACUUCUGCACUUCCUCCAGCACUUCUGCGGCCAGCUCCCGGACCCAUUCGGACCGCCCAUACUCCUGUGCUGUUUGCUCCUUACUAAAUUCCAAAUAGGAGUAAUUGUACUGCAAUAAUUUUUCAAAAAACAAAAAACAAAACAAAAGAGAACUAUGCAGCAUUUAUUUAUAGUUUAAAGUAUAUCUGAAGAGCCAGGACUUUUGAUAGUGAAUUGAAAAGAUUAUUUAAAAAGGGGCGGGGGUCAAGGGUGGGAGGGAGGGAGUGGUAUUUUCUCCACAUUAAAGCAUUCCUCUUGAACAUGAUUGUUUUAGAAGUGAUCUCCAACAUUGACUUGUCGUGGUAUCUAGAACUUCUGAAGCCUUUGUGACUGUGCUUUUGGGCACCUAUUUCCCUCUGCAUUGUCUUUCCUGCUUUAUGAAACAACUAUACAUUGUCUAAGGGCAUUAACUGGUUCCAAUGUAUAUAUAAUAAUUUACUCUGUAGGUCAAAAUAAUACAAAAAAAAAAAAAAGAAAAGAAAAAAACAAAAGCAACACUGUGAAUAGUAGUACCCGUGCUGGUCCUCUUGCUAUGACAGCAAUUACUGGGUAUUUAUCCCAACAAAAAUAGAUGCAGUAGAUGUCUUGUAAAACAAUAGUGCUGUGUCUCGACCUAUGCCACUAGAUUUUAAAGAAUUGCAAAGGUAGAACGAACAACUACUUCAUACCAGUAAGCAAACACCCAGUGAUGUCACGCAGGUGUCCCUGGUCAGCUUUGUCCUGCCCUAUCUAGCUUAGAGAGAGAACAGGGCUAGGCUUACAGGACAGGGAGACAUUAAUAAAUAUGAUUUCUUACAAAAUACUAAUUUCUUACCCUGAGGAAGUGUUUCUGGAAACAGACAAGUGUUUGUAAUGAAACUGUAUCUGAAAACAGACAAAUCCAUGCAUCAUGGGUAUUUAGGAAGAAAUCAGUACAACUAUUCUGUUUCAAGGAUGAGGGACAAUCAUAACAUGAUAAUGCAAAGUAAGAACCUUUUAUGUUUGUGCAUACCCAAUAAAACAGAGAAGGUUGCAUCUCUGCAAUAGCCCCUUUAUAUCAUACCAGUAGGGUUAUCUCUUUGGCAAAGGUUUCUGCUUUAAGUAUGAUGGUAGAAUUAAGCAUUAUCUAUUAUUGUGGGGGGUUAGUGUUUUUUUGUUUUCAGAUUUCCUACUGACAUGAUAUAAACAAUUAAUAUAUAUUUAAAUGCUAGUAACAAGAAAAAUGAAUCAGAGUUAAUUGCACACCAAGAAUAUAGUGUAAAAAAAAAAAAAUACUGGUAAGGUCCACUCGACCAUCAUUCCUCCAGUGGAGUUGUGAAAUACUUAUAGCCUUUGAUAUUUACCAUAAGGCUGAAAGAAGUUGAUGUUUUACCUUUAAAACAAGAUUUAUCAGGGGUAUAUAUAUAUAUAUAUAUAUAUGUGUGUAUGUGUAUAUAUAUAUGUAUAUUGUAUAUAUGUUAGAAAGAUUACAAGAAUAACUUAUAAAAAAGAAAAUCUAUAUAAAAUAAUUAUAUAACCAUCCAGUGUUACAUGUUAUCAUUAAAUUGGUAACAAACAGCAUAAAAAUAGCUGUGCCUUUAAUUUGUGAUAAAGGCUAUUUGCUUUUUCCCAUAGAAAGCUAACAUAUACCUAUCGAUAUGGUGGAAUUUGAUGCAACUAGUCUGUUGCGUUAAUGAGAAAAAUGACACUCAAAGUUAGAACAGUGACAAAACAUAGAAAAAUCAACCCUACAUGAUUUAGGUUUAGAGGAAAAAAAACACUAUUUUUGAAAAGAUUUUGUAAAGACUAUUUAAAAAUAUAAGGAAGGGCUGAGCUUGGACUUCCUGAUACUACUCUCAAACUGUUGUAACCUUUGGAGAGGUAUGGCAAAUCAAGAGGAAAUCAUUUGCAAGAUAGGUAUUUAGCAUUUGUCAUUUUAUAUUUAAUAAACACCCAUAGCGUGCUUGGUGCUCAACAUUAAACAUCAUCUUUGUAGUUCUCUGCCAUCUAGCUAUAGAUAUUUGUCAUAUAAACAUAUCUUUAAACCAUUUCAUUUUAUAUAUCUUUUGUUAAACAAACAACCAAAACAAAAAGUCAAAACAUAUAUAUACAAAGGAAGGAAAAAGAAAGACAAAAAAAGAAAAAAAAAGAAUAAGAAGAAAAUCUAUUUCCUCAGUCUUCUGGUGAAAAGAAGCUCAAACCCUCUUAGUUAAACAUAUUGAUUAGCAUUCAAAUUUGGCUUGAAAGUUGCUGGUUAUUUUGGUUUUGCCAACACCUCUAUUCCCUGGGUUCAGCAUGUGUUUCCUUUCUUUUCACCUAUAGACCUUUCUAGUUCCCUCAGGUGGACUCUGCCUCUAUUUCGUGUGACAAGCUUCUAAAUGUUUCGAGUUUUAGUUUCCUUUUUCUGCUGUGUGGAAUAUUUUGAUCUUUCACAGUCAUCCUGAAUCCCCCUCCAACAACCUUUACAACUGAUAAAGGUUGCAGAGAACUUAGUGUUAAUUAAUGCAAUCUCACUAGAAAUCAGGGUCUGUGAGAUACCGAGUCCUGAGUCACAAGGCAUUACUAACUUUAAUGAUUUUCUGGGAACAAAUAAAUCAGCCAUAUUUUCUCCAUCAGCCAUAUGAGAAAACUCAGAAAUACUGAUACCUGGAUCCCUUUGCCUCACUGCGCUAUGGAACCACUUUUGUUUAAAUGGUCUUUUAAAUUGGAGUUGUAAGCAUCAGUUGUCUUUUACUCACUACCUAAUAAAGGAUGAAGCCUAAUCA